AUGUGCUCGGCUCGUGACGAGAAAUGCCCCGAAGGCAAGUUUCAAAAGAGCAUUAACCUGUGUUGUCAGCCCGCCACUGGAGCCGGGCUCGCUGAUGAAAGUUCCAGCCUGUGCUCCGUGCAGCAGCUGCCCUGCGCUGCAUGUUCUGGACUGACUGACGCUGCGCGCUGCCUGGCGGGCCGCGGUGAGCUCCCUCCGACGCCAAAGGAAGCGCUUACCGGCGAAAGUGAAAGGAGAUCCAUACCUGCGGAGAACGCCCAGGAGAGCCCGACACAGACGGAGAACACCGGGAAAAAGAGAGGCCCCGGGUCCACCUUCGAGGCGGCGGCAGCGGUUGCAGCUCGGCAGACACACAGCUAUGGCUAA